GCCGGCCGGGCUCUGGAUUUGUUGCGCCUUGCACUAGAACUUGGCAGAGGACGAAGGGACUCCUUCUGAUCUCUUGGAGACUUCCGGAGAGCCUAGAUGGAUGAGCAAGACUCAGCUGGCCCUGAAGCAGGAAGAGGCCACGCCCUGGAAACGGGGAGUAGUGGGGGAUUCCAUGAAGACUCCAUGCAGAAGAUCCUGGGUGAGGAGGACACCCCUUGCUCAGAGGUGCAGAGCCAGCAGCUCAGGCAGUUCUGCUACCAGGAGGCCAAAGGACCCCGAGAGGUUUGCAGCCAACUCUACCACCUUGACCAUCAGUGGCUGAAGCCAGAAAGGCACACGAAAGCUCAGAUGUUGGACCUGGUGAUCUUGGAGCAGUUCCUGGCUGUCCUUCCUCUGGAGGUGGAGAUCUGGGUGAGGGAAUGCGGAGCGGAGACCAGUUCCCAGGCGGUGGCCCUGGCCGAAGGUUUCCUCCUGAGUCAGGCAGAGGAGAGGAAGCAGGCAGAGCAGCAGAGGAAGGAUCUUUUGGCAGAAAUGGGUCUUGAUUCUUCUGAGGCAGAGAAGACUCCGCUGGACGCCAGAGUGAGGCCUCUGGGAGACGGAAUGAUGCCACCAAGACCUGCUCCCUCAUCUUUUCAUGGUGGUGGAGGGGAGGCAGCAGCUGUGGACCCAGAUCAGGGUCCAGUGUGCUUUGAAGAUGUGGCUGUCCAUUUCACAGACGAGGAGUGGGCGUUGCUGGAUCCUGACCAGAGAGCUCUCCAUAAGGAAGUCAUGGAGGAGAGUCGUGGGAUCUUGGACUCUCUCGUUUCAGGUGGUGAUGAAUUGGAAAUGAAGAACAAGGGAGACCACAACGAAAUCCACAGAGUGGAGGAGCCAAAUCAGGAUUCAGACUGUGGAGAGAGCUUCAGUCAGAGCUCCCAUUCCACUUCCCAUCAAAGAAAUCCCCUUGAGAAGAAACACUAUCAGUGCUUGGAAUGUGGAAAGAGCUUCACUCGGAGUGCCCAUCUCACUUCCCAUCGUAGAAUUCAUACAGGGGAGAAACCCUAUCACUGCUUGGAGUGUGGAAAGAGCUUCAGUCACAGCCACAAUCUCACUUCCCAUCGUAGAAUUCAUACAGGGGAAAAACCAUAUCACUGCUUGGAAUGUGGAAAGAGCUUCAGUCACAGCCACGAUCUCACUUCCCAUCGUAGAAUUCAUACAGGGGAGAAACCCUAUCAGUGCAUGGAAUGUGGAAAGAGCUUCACUGAUAGCUCCUCUCUCUCCUCCCAUCAAAGAAUUCAUACAGGGGAGAAACCCUUUCAGUGCUUGGAAUGUGGAAAGAGGUUCAGUCACAGGUACAGUCUCACUGCCCACCGUAGAAUUCAUACAGGGGAGCAACCAUAUCAGUGCCUGGAAUGUGGAAAGAGCUUCAGUCAGGUCUCCCAUCUCACUGCCCAUCAAAGAAUUCAUACAGGGGAAAAACCGUAUCAGUGCGUGGAAUGUGGAAAGAGCUUCAAUCGGAGUGCCCAUCUCACUUCCCAUCAAAGGAUUCAUACAGGGGAGAAACCCUAUCAGUGUUUGGAAUGUGGAAAGAGUUUCAAUCAGAGGGCAAAGUUGUCUUCUCAUCAAAGGAUUCAUACAGGGGAGAAACCCUAUCCGUGCUUGGAAUGUGGAAAGAGUUUCAAUCACAGGGCCAAGCUCACUUCCCAUCAAAGGAUUCAUACAGGGGAGAAACCCUAUCAGUGCGUGGAAUGUGGAAAGAGCUUCAAUCAGAGUGCCCAUCUCACUUCCCAUCAAAGGAUCCAUACAGGGGAGCAACCCUAUCAGUGCGUGGAAUGCGGAAAGAGCUUCAGUCAAAACCGCAGUUUCACGUCCCAUCAAAGAAUUCAUACAGGGGAGAAACCAUAUCAGUGCGUGGAAUGUGGAAAGAGCUUCAGUCAUAGCCACAAUCUCACUUCCCAUCGUAGAAUUCAUACAGGGGAGAAACCAUAUCACUGUUUGGAGUGUGGAAAGAGCUUCAGUCACAACCACAAUCUCACUUCCCAUCGUAGAAUUCAUACAGGGGAGAAACCAUAUCUCUGCUUGGAGUGUGGAAAGAGCUUCAGUCACAGCCAUGAUCUCACUUCCCAUCGUAGAAUUCAUACAGGGGAAAAACCCUAUCAGUGCAUGGAAUGUGGAAAGAGCUUCAGUCAAAACCGCAGUUUCACUUCCCAUCGUAGAAUUCAUACAGGGGAGAAACCCUUUCAGUGCGUGGAAUGUGGAAAGAGCUUCAGUCACAGAUACAAUCUCACUGCCCACCGUAGAAUUCAUACAGGAGAGCAACCAUAUCAAUGCAUGGAAUGUGGAAAGAGCUUCAGUCAGGGCUCCCAUCUCACUGCCCAUCAAAGAAUUCAUACAGGGGAAAAACCCUAUCAGUGCCUGGAAUGUGGAAAGAGCUUCACUAGAAAGCACAGUUUCACUUCACAUCAAAGAAUUCAUACAGGGGAAAAACCCUAUCAGUGCAUGGAAUGUGGAAAGAGCUUCAAUCGGAGUGCCCAUCUCACUUCCCAUCAAAGGAUUCAUACAGGGGAGAAACCCUAUCAGUGCUUGGAAUGUGGAAAGAGCUUUAAUCAGAGGGCCCAUCUCACUUCCCAUCAAAGGAUUCAUACAGGGGAGAGGGGGCCGCUAGGGGCUCAUUGGAAGAUGGCCGACAAUACCAUCUCUCCGUCUCACACGAGGAAAUUAAGAGGCUGAUAUCGGAGUAUGCAGCCUUACUUGUUACCCCAAGGGAAUGGGGAACACUGCCCUUGCCUGCAGUUGCCAUAAAUCACCCCCUGAUCCGAAAGAAGGGGGUGAGGGCACUAGGCACACAGCCCUUGUGUGGCACGGCUCUCCCGGACGCUGUCUCUGAUUGCACGCCUGGUUGCAGGAGCUCAAAGUAAACAAUUAGAAAGAAGCAAAUGCACAUAUUUUGAGCGAAGAUCGGGAGUUAAGUCUGCUAAUUAAAGUGAUCUCUGUGAAGUGGAGCGACGGGCUGGAUUCAACAAUAAAUCAAGAAGAAGAUUCAUCAAAGGAUUGGUAUGUCGGAGCAGGGCUGAAAAGGGGGGAGGAAAAACUUCUUUUUUUAUCUUAUGUGAGUACCCAACAACCCUCCUCCCAAGAAAGAACCGUUGCAAUUACUGAUUACAAGCAGGAUGAUUAAGAACUGCGUGGAAAUAAAUUACUAAUCAAAGACAUGGCUAGUGGGAACAUCGGGAAAGGAAUGGAAGCUCUUUGUGACGCAGUUAUAAAGAGAUUUGUUACGGCAGGCCCGGCCACAGGAAGAUCGAGGGGGAGGAGGACCAUGGUUUGUUAUUAUAUCGGACUGUGAGUUUGACCUGGCAGGGCCCCCUGAGAAAAUUGAGGAAGACUGGCUGGCCUGUGGAAGUUAACGGACAGACUUUGGGAAUGCUUUGUACGGAGGUGUGGAAAUGGCGUCUGUCUUUCUUGAUAUGGCUCUUGGAGGAGUGCAAAACCCACACAGGAUAUAACGUUUGUUUUCAACCCGCUUGUGGAGACUAUCAGAGAUCACAAAAAGGAAUACAUGAUAAUAAUAACAACAAGAAGAUGAGGAAAAUAACAAAGUGAAGAUUGAACAGAAAUGUGAAUACAGAACUGUGUACAUUAAAGCAGCAGCAAGAGAGAUGUUUGGAACCCUUUCUGAGCUCGAAGCAUGGGUACCCCCAACAAAAAAUUUAAAAAUUUGGCUGUGUAAUUUGGAAUUAAUGUGAUUUGGAAUUAAUGUGAUUUGAUUGGCCUGUUAAUAAAAAUUAAUUUUUUUGGGGGGGGGGAAGGAUUCAUACAGGGGAGAACCCUAUCAGUGCGUGGAAUAUGGAAAGAGCUUCAGUCAAAACUGCAGUUUCACUUCCCAUCAAAGAAUUCAUACAGGGGAGAACCCUAUCAGUGCCUGGAAUGUGGAAAAAGCUUCCGUCAGAGCUCCCAACACACUUCCCAUUAGAGAAUUCUUACAGGGCAGAAACCAUUUAAAUGCCAAGAGUGUGAUCGGAGGGAUUUAUGAAAGUCUGGUCUCAUUUUUAAAGUUCUUUUUAAAAAUAGAAUUGGAGCUCUUAAAGGUACCUAGAGCUGGCUGAAAAAGCUAAAAUCAAGACAGGUUUUGACAAGUUUUUUUCUCUUUGAAGAAAAAUAUUUCUUCUACUCUGAGCCACUUAAAGAGAAUUGGAUUCCUGCAAGACAACCACUCUUAUCUGGACAUCUAAAUUGCUAUGUCCUCUUGAACAUUCUUUUUUUCUUUUUUAUGGUUCUUCUUUUAAAGUAAUUAUUUGGUUCAUUUGUUUAAUUCGAAUCUUAAUUUAAGAAAUUGGAUUUUAUGUUAAACAUAUUAUGUGUGUUGGGUAUCAGGCUGGAAGGAAGAGGGAGGGCUGGAAAAAUGCAGGAAACAGGAUCUCUUGGGAAAGAGUUAUUCUGUGGCCUUGACAAACUGAUAAGGUGCUGCUGGAAAACAGGGAGAGGGAGAUUUUGAAUAUGGCAGUUCAAAAACAGUUAACACCAGGCCUGUGUUAAAUUUGGAGAAGCUAUUAGCCCGAAUUGAUAAAAAUCAUUAAAUGGAGACAAAUUUGACCACUAAAGUAGAGACACUGACAAAGGAAACAGAAGCACUAGAUGUCUCCAUGAAAGGAAGGGAGGUGAAGUCUGAAAAGCUGGAAAAGAAGACAAAAAAUGGAAAUCAGAACAGGAGACGCUUAGGAUUGAUGUGGACGGUUUGGGUGGGAGAUAAGAGGCAAUUGCGGGCGCUUUGGCAGUUCUUGAGAUGAGACAGAAAGCCCAGCCUCUGAGACGGAGAGGAGGGAGGAGAGGAGGAUUUUAGCAAAGGUUUGAGCGGAGUGGCUGGGAGUGGAAUUAGACUGGCUUGUGGAGCAAGGAGGGCUCUAGCCCGUGCCUAAUGCCCCCUGAGAAACCCCAGUCAUCACACCCGUCAAGCCCAAUGGCUCAGUCCACAACUGCGCAGACUACAAAUGUAUCAUAAACAAGGCCCUUACGGCUCAUGCAUAACCGGUGCCAAUGGUCAGCCAUGUCCUCGCCUCCCUGGUGGGGUCUAAGAUUUUUGGCAAGCUGGCCCAGGCCCAGGCCUGGUUUGGAUAGAAAAUCAAUGUGAAUAAAUCCCCCCAGUGCCACCCCCUGGCCGGUCUUCCUGUCUCCCUCUCCCUGUGCCCCCACCCUGCCCCAAUCAAAGUCCCAGCCAGCAGCUGCCCUCCAGGCCUUCCUCCGCCCAUCUUGGGGCCUCAAGGCAUGCGGGCAGAAUUUGUGGGGGGUGGGCUCAGGGGUCUGCUUUCCUCUCCUUAUACUGGGAAGCUUGUCUACUAUCUAAUGGAUAAAGGGUUGUUUGGAAGACUAAGCCCUCUCAACCCCCCACCCUGUUUUAAGGAAAACCCGCAGGAGCAGCGGGUAAGGGAGGCAGAACUAGGAAGUCCAGAAGUGACCGAGGCCGAGCAGCCACAGGAACCAGAACCACAACCAAGUGGACCAGCGGCGUCCAACCCUACGACCCCGUCACAUCCGGCAGCCCUGGAACAAGAGCCAGAACCAGGAACCCCUACUGAGACACCCAAGACCACAAGGCAUACGUAGGUGACCGGCAUAUCUCAACGAGUAGGAAUGCUAACCUUCUGGGCGCAACAGGAACGUAGAGGGGAGGGGGCUUAUGUACUAAGCUUGGAUCCUAGAACAAUAGGCAAGUAGGAUCCUAAAAUGCAACAACUGAUUGGCCUGCAGGGAAAGACCAAUCAGGCUCCAUGAAGUAGUUAAUCAGCCUAUUAGGCUGGUAGGAUCCUAGAAUGCAACAACCGAUUGGCCUGCAGGAAAAGACCAAUCAGGCUCCAGGAGGGAAGCAGAAUCAGCCAAUCAGACGGGACUAAUUCUGUAAAUAAUGUAUAUAACAGCCUGAGGGUUGGGGGCAAUUAAAUCACUGUUUUACAAGCUGCAAUAAAGAGCAUGAAAUCAC